UCUGAUUUUUUUUUCAAAGGAAUCAUCUGAGAAACGACGAUAAAGAAUUUAUUUGAAAAUGCAUACAGUGACGUCACUAUGUGUGUUUUUUCCUGCCUUUUCGGGCUGAUCUUUGCCGGUUUUUCUCAGCAGCGAUGUCAGUGGAAAAUGAAUAAACAUCUUUAAAAUUAAUUUAAAUAAUUUGUUUAACAGACAUUUUAGGAAUAUUCUUUUAUAAUAAAAGAUUUCCAUUAAUUACCAACUCCACCCCAUCCUCCUCUAUAUCAUAUUAAAAGUUCUAAACAUACAAAUAAAAUAAAAUCUCCCAGACCAUGUGUCGUCAGUAUGUGUAUUGUAAUAAAAAUCAAGCUGUGUGGUAAAUUGAGCUGAUAAUAUAGAAAAUACAUAUUGGAUACAUACAUUAUGAUGACGAAAAAAAAGGCAAUGAGAAAUCAUAGAGAGAAAUCUCUUGUGGCGAAAUGCGCGGGUCUUUGUGUCUCGUGUGGCAAAAACAACGACGAAAAAGAAAAAUAAACAGAACAAUACUAUUUCAUUGUUAUCACCCGAUGAUCCAUGCCAUAUUAUCAGCUGUAUAUUGCAAUAAUUUGCGUCGUUUGCCUUUGCGUCUCUCUUCAUUUUAUCGAACAGAGAUUGUCUAUCAACCAACUUUACUGGUGGUAACCAUUGAACCCAGUGACGUGGAAAAUUCGCAUUAUAUACAUACAUUAUCUGCAUGUGGGGGUGGAAAAUGUAAAUGAAGCUGUCUUCUGCGUAGGAGCAUUUUUCAAAUAUAGUUCGUUGCAAUAGAAGGAAGCUUUUUUGACACCCACUAUCCAUUAUCUCUUGGAUUCUUUUUUUCUCCCUCUAUUCAUCAUAUAUGGGAAAUUAUAUAGUUGAUUCAAGAAGAUGGCCUGCCCUUUUGUGCAUACCAUCGGAAAGCAACAUUCCGUAGCAGAUUCAGCUACGUGGAACUUGGAGGACGACCUCACGGACAUUCCAGAUGAUGCUCUCAGUCUUACGCAUUUAAAUGCAGCCAUUCAAUUACUCACGGCACCAUCCAAUGAGAACAUAAAUCAUGCCGUAAAGUCUGUCAUAAAAAAGUACGGAGAUCGUUGGCCGGAACUUAUUAAUUUGAAAAUCGAUACUGACUCCUUCUCCAUGUUUCCCAACUAUGACUACUUGGCAGACAUCCAGGAUACUCUCAUGGCUAUGGAUGAGUCGGCUGCAUGUGAGAUUGUAUCGCUAAUUGGGGAGGAGUUGAUUGAGACAUGCUGCGUUGGAAUAAUUGAGAGGGCUUUCAAAUGCUUAGGUGGGAAUUUGCAGGAAUUCCUGGGAUCUCUCGAUGGUGUCCACGAUGUAUUGAAGUUGCAGGAGGCAGAUAUCUCCGACACGGGAUUUGUUUGUGCUGGCGAGGGGGAGUUGAUUUUCACCUCGGAGCGACCAGUGAUUUCUUGGCUACUUCUUGGAGCUCUGCGGCAACUCGCCAGGAUUCUCUACCAAAUUGAUGAUGUGAGGAUUCACUUGGAACCAAUGGAGGGGGAUGUUAAGCGCUAUCGCUAUCUCUUCGAUGUGGGUGCUUCACUAUCAAAGCGUCAGGUUGAGAUACCAGUUCUGAAGGAGCGCAAACGAGGAUCUGUUUCUGCUGCAGCUGAGGAUUUGAAGAUGAAUGCCUCAACAUUCUGCAAGGCAUUCCCAUGGCAUUUUGUCAUGAAUAGCAAUCUUGAAUUGUUGCAGCUUGGAAAUGGUUUCAAUCGUCUCUUCAGACACUCAUUUAAUCUCUACGGACGCCAUGCAACCACGUAUUUCCGCUUCAAGAGACCACGUGGAUUGUCUUUGAAUUUCCAGGAGAUUCGCAGGCAUACUCAUACACCCUUCCUCCUGGCCAUUCGAUCACAAGUUUGUCGUCGUGAUUCCACCAUGACUGGUUUGGAGAUUAAAGGGCAGAUGGUGUAUUGCGAUGAAACCAAUACACUCCUCUUCAUUGGAUCUCCCUUCAUUGAUGGUCUCGAGGGACUUACGUGCAAUGGGCUCUUUAUCUCUGACAUCCCCUUGCACGAUGCAACACGCGAGGUAAUCCUCGUGGGUGAACAAGCACGCGCUCAAGAUGGUUUGAGACGCCGUAUGGAUAAGCUCAAGUCGUCCAUUGAAGAGGGUAAUGCUGCCGUAACGAAGGAACGAAAGAAAAAUGUGAGUCUCCUUCAGCUCAUUUUUCCCGCGGAAAUUGCCGAGUCUCUCUGGGGUGGAGCAACUGUUGAGGCUGAAACGCAUCCCGAUGUUACAAUGCUCUUCAGUGACAUUGUGGGAUUCACGAGCAUCUGCUCCAGGGCAACGCCAAUCAUGGUCAUCAACAUGCUAGAGAGUCUCUACAGGGACUUUGAUGAGUUCUGUGGAUUCUUCGAUGUGUACAAGGUGGAAACUAUUGGGGAUGCUUAUUGUGUGGCUAGUGGACUCCACCGUGCCAGUAACUACGAUGCUCACAAAGUUGCAUGGAUGGCUCUGAGGAUGUUGGAGGCUUGCACCAACCACCAUACUCACGAUGGAGAGCACAUUCAGAUGAGAAUUGGGCUCCAUACUGGGACGGUUUUAGCAGGAGUUGUUGGCAGAAAAAUGCCCCGAUAUUGCCUCUUUGGGCAUCAUGUGACCAUUGCGAAUAAAUUUGAGUCCGGCAGUGUUGCUCGCAAGACCAACGUUAGUCCUACCACGAAGGAGUGGCUGGUAAAGUAUCCAGGCUUCAAGUUUGAACUCCUCGAGAGGGAUCCCUCUUGCUUACCAAAGGAUUAUCCCAAUGCUGGAAAUUCUACUUGCUACUUUCUCACCGGCUACAAACAUCAUGAAGUUGCUGAAGAUGAGCCACUGGACAACCACAUAAAAGCCGCCAUGAAGCAGAUUAAUAUUGAACUCGGAAGACCAACGGAAGCAUCCGAACCAACCGAAUAAUCACAUUAAUUCUUUAUUAUUAUAUCGUAAUGCUGUAGUAUAUUUAAUUAAUCUCUCGUAUUUAUUGUUUAGUCAUUAAUUGAAAAAAUAUACGAGAAAGUCUUUGCUGUUGUGCUAAAAAA